GAGAGCAGCGCCGAGCCCCCCGCGUCGCAGCCGCCGCAGCCCGUGCGCCCCGCGCCCCGUGCCCCCGCGCCAUGGCCAAGGAAGGCGAGGAGAAGGCGGAGGAGACGGAGCAGAUGAUCGAGAAAGAGGCAGGCAAGGAGCCGGCGGAAGGCGGCGGCGGCUCGCACCGCCUCGGGGACGCCCAGGAGAUGCGCGCCGUGGUGCUGGCCGGCUUCGGGGGGCUCAACAAGCUUCGAGUCUCCCGGAAGACCAUGCCCGAGCCGCAGGACGGCGAGCUCAAGAUCCGCGUCAAAGCCUGUGGCUUAAACUUCAUUGACUUGAUGGUGCGACAGGGGAAUAUUGAUAACCCUCCCAAGACGCCUCUGGUGCCCGGAUUUGAGUGCUCUGGGAUCGUGGAAGCUCUGGGCGACAGCGUGAAAGGAUACGAGAUUGGCGACCGUGUCAUGGCCUUUGUCAACUACAACGCCUGGGCAGAGGUGGUGUGCACGCCAGUGGAGUUUGUCUACAAGAUCCCCGAUGACAUGAGCUUCUCUGAGGCUGCCGCCUUCCCCAUGAACUUCGUCACAGCUUACAUGAUGCUCUUCGAAGUGGCCAACCUCCAGGAGGGGAUGUCUGUGCUUGUGCACUCGGCUGGGGGUGGCGUGGGCCAAGCUGUGGCUCAGUUGUGUUCCACCAUCCCCAAUGUGACCGUCUUUGGAACAGCUUCUACUUUCAAGCACGAAGCCAUCAAAGACUCCGUGACCCACCUGUUUGACAGAAAUGCAGACUAUGUGCAGGAAGUAAAAAGAAUCUCUGCAGAAGGCGUGGACAUCGUUUUGGAUUGCCUGUGUGGGGACAACACUGGAAAAGGCCUCAGCCUUCUCAAGCCGCUGGGGACCUACAUUUUAUACGGUUCGUCCAAUAUGGUGACCGGCGAGACCAAGAGCUUCUUUAGCUUUGCGAAAUCGUGGUGGCAGGUGGAGAAGGUGAACCCCAUCAAGCUGUACGAAGAGAACAAAGUCAUGGCCGGCUUCUCCCUUCUGAACCUGCUCUUCAAGCAGGGCCGCGCGGGCCUCGUCCGGGGAGUGGUGGACAAACUCAUAGGGCUCUACAACCAGAAGAAGAUCAUGCCUGUGGUCGACUCGCUAUGGGCUCUGGAGGAGGUGAAGGAGGCCAUGCAGCGGAUUCACGACCGCGGGAACAUCGGCAAGUUAAUUCUGGAUGUAGAGAAGACCCCAACUCCAUUGAUGGCCAACGACAGCACAGAGACCAGCGAGGCGGGCGAGGAGGAGGAGGACCACGAAGGUGACAGCGAGAACAAGGAGCGGAUGCCCUUCAUCCAGUAGCCAGGGACGCAGACAGGAGAAGGCGAGGGUGGUUGGGAAGAAGACCGGCCGGGCCGCAAAGCGCUGUCUGUGCCCCAGUGAACAAAUGCUGUAGUCCAGUGUGUGUUGUGCUUGUCCCUGCAGUCGGCUGAGCUAACAAGCUGUUGGUCCCUGUUGUUCUUUUGGAUUGAAGCGCCAGCCCCACUCCACGCAGUGUUACGUCCCUCCCCAUCUGUGUAGGACGCUCCUCCUCCGCUCGAUCAAAACUAUCCAUCCUUGGGUCCUUCUCAACCGUCCCAGAACAGCCUUGCAAAGUGAUGCAAGUCCACAGGCCCAGUGCCCAAGGGACCGGACAUUGGCAAAGGCAAGUUUGGAUGGAAAGGUGUUAGUCAGAGCACGAGUCCAGGGGCCUGGAAUUCCUCUGGCCAAUGAUGCUUUUUGCUGCCGUCCAUUCAUACUCCUGGCCAGUUUGGCCGGCACGAAGAGGGUAGACCAGGAGCUGUUUUCACGGGCCCCUCAAUUUGGAACUCUCCAAACUUCACUUUCCCUCCCACCCCAUGAAGAGGCAGCGUAUUCACUGCGUUGUCUCACUGUCAAAAGAUGUGUGCCAAACUCCUCUAACCCUCCAGAGUCUGGUCCCUCCAUCGGUUUCUAUCAGUAAACACAGGGAGACAGGUCUGGGUGUCCGGGCGAGAAGCCGGGUCCGUAGCAUGAGUUUGAGGACCAACCACAGAGAUCGCUCCUCAGAAACCACAUCUCGUGAGCAACCGCGCGCGCACACACAUACACGACUCCAUAUGGAUUGUUUUUAAUUGUAAGAAAAUGCACCACAGCAUGGAACUAAUCGAGAAGGCAUGAUUGAGACAGCCCACUUCCCAUCAACUCCUGGGAGUAAAUGACCACAUGGAAAGCGGGCCCCUCAUCCCGAAGAAGAGCUCAUAAAUCAUAUUUGCAGGGGAGGGGCUGGAAUCCAUGAGAAUCUUCUCUGUUCGGAAAGCGGGUUCAAACUCUAUUGAUACGAAAAGGUCCAUUUGCAGCCUCUGAU